AUGGCUAGAACACGAGGUUUAGGUCGUGUCAUAGGUAGACUUGUAGGCAGAGAUAAACAUGAUGACCAUGAUGCAGUUGAUGUUCCCGAGAGGCGUAGGCCUACUGCCUCAGUCCGUAGGCAACGAGUUCAUCAGAUGAAUGCGGAUGCACGUGAUAUGGCUGAGGGCGUUGCUGACAUGACUGACGGUGUCCCUGAUCUGGCUGCGGAGGCACCUGAGAUGCGUGCAAAUAUACAGGGUGCUGAUGGUGCUGAGGGGUCAGAUGCUGAUGAUGCUGCUGAGGGAUUCCCUGGUGGGCCACGUGACCCGUCAGUACUGGCAUCAUUUGCGGACCAUGUUGCACAUGCUGUUUGGAGUGGACAGGAAUGUCCUGAUUUGAAGUUGGUGUCACAUGGUAGGAAGGUGACACUGAUUGGGAGGCCAGUGCCUGAGAUUGAAGGCCUGGUUGCUGCCACAGGAUUAAGUCCACUAAUCGAUUGUUCAGUUAUUGCUGGCGAUCCUAGACUGAUAUCUGCAUUCGUGGAGAGGUGGCACGGUGAGACCAGCACCUUUCACCUUCCGGUAGGAGAGUUGACAAUCACAUUGGAUGAUUUGUCGUCACUCCUUCAUUUGCCCAUCACUAGCGCAUUGCACAAUUUUCAUGCUCUUUCUACGGAGGAGACCAGAUUUUUGCUGACAAAGUUGCUUGAGGUGUCUGCCGAGGAGGCUAGAGCCGAGACAAAACUGACACGUGGAGCAUAUGUACGACUAGGAUGGGUUCGAGACAUUUAUGAGAUGAGAUGUCAGACCCGACAGUGGAUUGUAGCAGCUCGUGCUUAUCUGCUGCACCUGGUCGGUUGCACUCUUUUUGCUAAUAAGAGUGCAACAUACGUGCAUGUGGUUCGCCUUGACGCUUUUCGGGACCUCGCUCAGAGUGGUGGUUAUGCUUGGGGAGUUGCCGCGCUGGUUCAUAUGUAUGACCAGUUAGAUGAGGCUUCUAGGACCACCACACGACAGCUUACGGGGUACUUGACGCUAUUACAGUGCUGGAUCUAUGAGCACUUCCCUAGUGUGCACCAGUGCGUGACAGAUGAUACAUACUAGGAGACAUCCCUACGUGCUUCCUGGUGGUUGACGUCGAAGACGCACAUGAAGGGAAUCACUGGAGCACCUUACAGGACACGUUGUGAUGCUUUGACCGUCACAGAUGUGUCUUGGUUGCCGUACACGGAGCAUCGGGGGGUUAGGGCCUUUGAGGUGAUUUCAUCAUUUCAAGGUUAGCGGAGAUGGGGUCCUAUGGUGGUCACAGCUCGACCGGAGAGGGUGGUACGACGGUUUGGUUACAUCCAAAGCAUCCCUUCGUCGCCUGUUAGUGCUCGAUUGUCACACGAUGAUAUAGAUGACAGGUGGAUGCAUUUUGCGGAGCACGUACUACUUGCGGGUCAGCUUUGUCUAGUGCCUGGGCAGGUAUCUGCGAAUUACAUGGAGUGGUUUUUCCGCAUAUCUCACUCAUUCAUGAUACCGACCCAGGCAGGUGACCAGCCGAGAGAUGCACCAGCUGCAGACCCUGAGGACUAGAUACAGCCGCCCAGCCCCAAGGUUCCAGUGGCAUUUGACCCCCCUCCACAUGUGAUGAUUACGACGGAUAUGAGGCGAUUGCACAGAGGUUGGAGCGUGUGCUCAACCUUAGGAUGGUCACUGCAGGCACAGAGUUAUAUGAGAUUAUGCAUGACUGCCUGACGAUCGCCAGAGGGGGAGCCAGUGCUGAUGGAAGUGUCAGAGCUGGUCAGAGACGCCGCAUGAACCAUUGAUUAUUGUAUUUAUUUUGUCUUGUAGUUGACAUGAAUAUUUGUAAUUAUUACAGUUUUUUGUUUAAUAUAGUUGACUUGUUUUGCACAAUUUAUUAUUUUAUGAUAUUAACUGACGUAUGGAUUCUGAUUCU